AUGCCCUGCACUUUAAAUAGAGCUUCGAUCACGAAUACCUACUAUUCUUAUUAUCAUUUAUUCUCCAUUCCAAUAUUAUUUACGAUAAUGGACGGUGCUGGUGGUAACCUUGGCAAUGGUGAUUUUGAUCCUUGCGAAUGCAUUAAUAUGUUUCAAAUGAAUCAUGAACGAGCUAUGAAUCGUUUAACUGAUAUGCUUCGUAAUGCACAAACGACAUGUACAGACACGGAAUGUUUUACUGGACCAUUACCAGGCCUACAAAAUACUGGUGGUGGUAAUACAGGAAUGACAAAUAUGUACAUAAUGCUAGCAAUAUGGUUUGCUAUUGCGUUCUUACUCUUUCUUUUUCGACCACGUACUCUCCGAAAUAACCGUGACAAUCUCGGUAAACCCUCGAAUCAAGGCCCAUCUCGUAAUGAUCGAGAUCCACCCGGACCAACCAUCCAAUAA